AUGAAUGGAAGAGCCGCGUGCAGGCCACCCACACGCGCCGUGCCCGACAGAAACCCCUAUCUGCUCGCAUUCCUGCAACAGUACGCCGAGCUCGAGGCUUGGGAGGCACGCUUGGUCCGCGAGUACACCAAUGCCAACGCCGUGCUAGAGCACCCGACAUUACACCCGCCUCUAGGGAAUACGCAUGUAAGUAUGAGUCUGCGCCUACGCCUACGCCUACGCCUGCACUCAUCUGUCUGCGCUGUACGUGCUGACACCCUUCCUGAUCGCCUCGCCGCUGCCGACGCUGAAGGCGCGGAUAGUGACGCUGAUGCUGCCGACGCCGCCGCCUCCUACUCGACCCAGCGUAUACCUGGCUUUCGUACGCCGCGAGUCUCCGUCUGGCUUCUCCUGCUUGGCCUCUUCUCCAGCCCCCUCGUCCUGCUGUACCGUCGCCCGCUUCCUGUCCCUCCUGGCUUCUGGGAGCAGUCGGCCGGAAACCUGAGCUCUCUGCUUAACGCCGAGCCCGCGAGAGUCAAUACGACCCUACAGACUCGCGCUCUUGCUCUUUGCGCAAUCGACCACGCCCGCUGUCUCCUGUCUCCCUCGCUCGUCGAUGUAGCAAAGGUACGCGUCCAUCAGAGGCCCUUGGGAUCAAGUCUUGGCUACUGCAUUCCUUUCCAGUGCUCCGCUACUACUGGACUUCUCGACGGUGCACGUGUCGGCAAGAAUGCUUUCAUUGAAGACUUGCAUAUCAAGUUCUCGACCCUCGAAUCGACUUUUGCCGAUAUGGUCGAAUUCGACUCGAUACUCGCUGCAAAUCAGUCCAUCCUUCUCGAUACGCUCCUUCAAGCAAGUCUGAAUCCUCCGCCUCCGCCACGAUGUACAUCCUCUCUCCCUACAAGGGCGAAGUGUCUCUUUGCGAACUGGAUCCGGGCGAACUGUGGCCGAUGUCUCUUGCACGACUGGUUCCGUCUCGCAUUUGCCGUGCUCCUCCCACCACUACACUUCGAGCGCAGUAUCCAACAAGCUGCUACCGUACAUCGUCGUACUUCUCAACUCCUGCAACACCUUGCGGCCGACAUGACGACUCAGCAAACCAUGCGCAAAGACUGUAUUGCUAAGGCCAACGACGUCCAGACAACGAUACUUUGGCCUAUUACAGCUCUUUCUACUGAAGAUUCACUUCAGCAAGUCGACGUCGUUCAGUAUUACUUCCGCUACAUUAUUCCUAACGCAUGCCUUGGCCGUGACUCGCCAUGGAAGCUGCAAGAGUGGUUGGACAGGUUGAAUUUUCAGCAGCUUGAGCAGCCCCAAGGUCCAGAUAUCGCUGCGCAGCUCACCGAUUCAAGCUCCGCAUAUGAGGCAAGAGCUACAAAUAUCCAGCGUCUCGGAUACUGGACCGAGGAAACCCGCCUGAUGGGUAUAACGCGUAUGACUCGCGAAUUCCUGGAUGGGUUGCGUCAGCGCUUUACCAGUGUUGAUGCCAUGUUGAGUACUUGGAGAACGGUGCUUUUGGACGGUAGACAGGAGGAGGAGGAGAAGGAGGAGGCGCCUACCGGAGCAUUUUGCAGGACAGCUUCGCCCCAAGCUCCUGCUGAUGUGAAAGAUGAUGAUUCAGAUAAUCCCGUUAUCGAAGAGACCGAUAUCGUCGUCGAUGCCGCUCACUGGGGAAUCAUCGCCGGCGAGCGCUUUACCGGAGAUCAUAUUCUUUGUGCCCUUCACCAGCCGACAUCGACCUUCAAGAUGGAUGGCACAGAGAUAGCGAAUCUUCCAAGCAGCUAUCAAAGUACUGGUUACGCUUCAGCUUCGAUGAUGUGUACUCCCAGCGUCGGAUUGUGUAUCGCAUCGGCGACUUCACGGCCAGGUGACGAAACCCUCGCGGCCAGAUUUCUAAGACAGACAGAGACCUACGAGGAUGACCACUCUGCUGCUGCUACUACUCUAACAACAGAGCACUCAACUCUCUCCCUAUCUAAGAAGUCUUUUUUUUUGCCCCAUCUCGCACUUAGAUAA